CUCCGAGCCGUGAGUGGGGUAAGUUGCGCCGCGCGUCGGCUCGUCUGGCCCUUCUCACUGAACGAAGCAUACACACAACGCCGCUCCGCGUGCAUCCAUUUCAUUCUUAUCGCCGCCGAUAACGAGAAACGCAAUUCGUACAACGAUACGAUCGACGACGCGACGCGCUCGCGUAAAAAGCGCUCGCGAGGACAGGGACGCGGGUGAAUGAAUGGUGAUCGCGUUUUCAAUCGCGAUCUUUUUUUCUCCGGUCGGUUUCCGCUUUUAUUUCUUUCGCGACGAGUAGAAAGAGACAGGAUCUCGCUCAGAUUUAUGACGAGCGAGGAAGGAAGCGGUACCGGUGGUAGAAACGCGGGUCGCGUGUGAACGCGGGCGGAAAGUGAACUUCGUCAUGUCGAGGAAUAAGAGAAUGUCACCGUGAUGUUACACCGAAGCUCUUCGUCGCGGCGCCGGCGAGCGUCGCCAGGCAUGGCAAACUCGAGCCAGCCGGCAGGGGUGUCUUCGAUGCGAGGUCGACGAGCGAGCGUCGCCACCGAAAAGCCCCUCAUCUUGCCGCCAAGCAGCCCCGGCGAAACGAUGGAAAGACAGAGAUCGCCGAGGGGUAGCAUGGUCCCAAAUAUCGCUCUGGAUACCGAGGGCCACUCUGACGAGGGAGUCAGUCGCAGACUUUUGCCAGAUCCCGAACAGUACGGCACCGGUCGCAACUCCCUGGCGCCCGAGGCAAGCCGCAGUCCGCGAAAUUCUCUGAUACCUGACGAUUACUGCAGAAGCCCGCGGGGCUCUCUGAUACCGGAUUCCAACAGGAGCCCGCGAAACAGUCUAGUGCCCGAUGCGGCGCGUUCACCGCGAUGUAGCCUCACACCCGAGGUAACGUUAAGUCCGCGUCACUCCCUGGUGCCGGACUCGGCGCUCAGUCCCAGGAACUCGCUUGUGCCGGACGUGGCUUACAACCGGAGUCCGCGAAACAGCAUAGCGGUCGGUGCGUCUAGAAUUUCUUUGCUGCCCGAGAACGGUAGCGCGAUCACAGCCACUUCCCGUAGCCCCAGGCACUCGUUGGUACCAGACUCGACGAGAAGUCCCCGCGGCAGCAUGGCGAACCUGGAUUUCGACCGGAGUCCGCGCGGCUCGUUCUGUCCGGACGUGCACAGAACACCCAGGGGUAGUAUCACCCCCAUCGAGGUCGCAGACAGGAGUCCCCGCGGUUCGAUAGCCUCCGAGUGCCUGAACCAGAGCCCUCGCGGCUCGAUCGCGCCCGAUCCCAACAGAUCGCCCAGAGGAUCGAUAGCGCCGGAUCCCGCGAAUCGGUCCCCGCGCGGAUCGAUAUGUCCGGAGAGUAACAGAAGCCCGAGAGGAUCGGUCGGGCCGCACGAUCAGACGAAUCGAUCGCCGCGUGGCAGUAUAGGCGUGAACGACGCCGAGAGGCACUCGAGGGGUUCUGUCGGAGGUAUCGACGACGAGAAUAGAAGUCCCAGAGGAAGCAUUGGGCCUGAAGGGAUCGAUAGAAGUCCUAGGGGAAGCCUCGGUGGACAUCAAGAUAGAAGAGCGCCACGGGGCAGUCUAGCUUUGCAAGAUCCUAGAAGAGCUUCCGCAGAUCAGGGGAGCACGAGAAACCGGAGUUCCUCGCCUUAUCGCCAAAGAGAAGUGAGCUCGGGAAGUGUCAGAUCGGGCGGAAGCGGAGGCGCACAGGUCAAUCUGGGAUAUGGGACAAACACCUGGGCCGAUUCUAGGCGAGCCAGCAGCUCCGUUUCGCAGCUUUCAGGCGACGAGUCACGUCGACUUUGCGCCAGCGGCGCGAAGGUACCUGAAAAGGGCAACACGGAAACCGCAAAUCUUGGUGUGGCGACAUACGGCUCGGUCGUAUUCCAAUUAAAGGACGCCCAUCUCGAGGCAAACGGUAUCUGCGAUUUCGUCUUUCGCGCCUUGAGAGUUAUCAGCAAGACAAUGACGUUCACCAUAUGUCUCACCUGUCUGUCCACUGUGCCUAUCUUGAUGUUCAUUUUUGGUGUGCAGUUCAUUAGGGAUUGUCCGAAAGAGCCAUACAUCCCUGUCUACAUGCUGAUCGGAGGAGUUCUGGGCGCCGUGCGCAUGUUAUGGGCGCUUUAUUCGCAGAUACGUUCCCGCAGGCCGGAAGUCCUGUCCGUUCCCGCAACCACACCAUACGUCUCACCUACGAAAUUACUCUCCAUAGUCCUAUCGUGCUUCCUGGUCGCAUGGUUCGUGUUAGGACAUUAUUGGAUACUGCAUAUAAUGUGGCCGGAAUACAAAUUUUCGUUGUACACGCCCAAUCAAUGGUGUCACAAAACGCUCUAUAUUUUUUCUUUGGUUCAUCUGUGCGUGGUGUAUGCGAUUUUAUUUGUAAUACUAAUAAUAGCGAUCGGUCUGGCUUUCUGCAGAAUUCUGGAAUGCCCUUUACCAGAAAGAUACAAAUAACCACGGCGAUCCGUUCGCCAGAAUAAAAUCCGUGAGAAGAAGAAAAAGACGGCCGGCGGCAGGGGCGGUGGCUGGCGUCUAGACAGACAAAAGGUCUUGGAGGACCUGCAGGAGGAGGAGGACGACGACGAUGACGAGCGGAGCGACCACGGGGAGGAUUACGGUGACAAGAUCGUGCAGGAAGUGAAGUACUGCAGCAAAGUGCAGUUUCGCGCGCCAGAUAUCAUCGAGCUAUGAUGAAAAGCGAUGAUAUAACAGAAGAAACGCGAAGACGCGUCUCGCUGCCGGUGGCGAAAAAACUCGGGAGAAAGAGGCUCGUAACCUUAAGUUUGCCACGAUAACGAGGAGGAGACGUUGGCCGCGGGGGCAGCAUUUGCAACAGGAAGCUCUUUGGGAUGAGAAGAGAAACGUAUAACGAGGUCACGAAAGGCAAGGUAUCGUCGGAGAUCGAUGAUGGUGUAUCUUUUGUGAAUAAUCAAAGUCUCGACACUGGCACGUACGAGAGACUCCGGGAUAGAGUCUUCGCAUUUUCCGCAGUGACGAUUUACGUGACGGAAACGUAUCGGCGGGGAUCCGAAUCGAUCGCAAAGGAAUUAGUCGUUUGACGAAGGUAAUGGAAUCUAUGGAAGCAUGUAAUUCGAAUGUGACUCGACUCGUUUAUCCCAAUUAAUUUGUGGAAUGUGAUGUGGAAGAAAAGAUAGUAUGAUUGAUAUUUUUUGUAACAACAUUGUGUGUGGAACAAUACUAAAUGCAUGGUGAUAUAAUUUUUAGCAACGAUUAUUUUUCAAAAUGUAUUAAAGUUUUAAUAUCAUAUUCAAUCAUCUUUAAUCUCAAUUUUGAGUAAAUCGACGUGGAAAGUUCAUGGUUUUUCGACUCAAUCGUAUUCAUAGCAGAAAAAGGAAACGGAAUGAAAUUUUCAUUGGCGAAAGAAGAUUAUCCAAAAAUCUUCCUGUAAGAAUAAUAUGGAGCACGU